GCGGCUUCCGGUGUCCACCUAACGAACUCCAGUCCUCUUUUAACACGCUGUGGAUUAAGUUUAAUCACAAGACAAUAUCAUGCAGGGAUUUAAGAAGAGCCCUUUGUAUCUCUGGUUAGAACACUAUGGAUAUAACAGAACUACAGAUGCUUUCACCAUGUAUUCUGUGUCCUCGGAAAGAAGUCCCAAUGGAAAUAUAAAGGAGUCACCAAGUGCUUCACAAUCUCUUAAAUUAGAUGGCAACAUUUGCCAUCAACUGCCAAUAGCUCCUCAGCCCGGACUGGGACCUGAUGAACUCCUCCUCAUCCUAUGCCCUAGUGUUGACUGGCGUGACCUUGUACAGGUCUUUUUCAGCUGUGACACAAACGAAGAGUCAACACUAGCCCAUAAUGGAAGCAGCAGUGGCAGUUCAUAUCCAGAUGAAGUGACAUCAGUGAAUUAUCUGGAGCCUGUCAGUGACAUAACAUAUACGGAUGAUUCGGCAUCAGCACAAAUCCUUGAUGGAGCUGUGAGUGAUAGCACAUCCCUGUAUGAACUGAAUUCCUCGAAUGAAGUAAUGAAAGAAAUCCUUUCCCAGAACAAGUCUCUGACACCACAUGGUGAUGGAACUGCCAGUGAACUCACAGUCUCAAGUGGAUUUAAACCAGUAUACUCAACUGUGUCCACCAGUGUACUCAUUGCCUCAUCUGAUUUAACAGCAGAAAUCGAGGAAGAAAACAUUAACAAAUGCAAGUUAAAACAGGUCUCCAAGUUCUAUGAUGGUGAUGAAUGCAUUGAUAUUCGCAAGACAUAUUGGAACACGAUUAAGGAAAUAACCUAUUUCCUUGUAUCAUCAGUUGCCUUCAGAAUAUUUGAAAUUAUGCUGAUCUUUCUGGACAUAUUUCUUGUGGCUAUAGAUCUACAUCUUAAUAAAAACAUAUUUUAUAUUCCUCUGGAAUAUAGUUCAGUUUCUUUUGCUAUUGCUUUGUUUUUCCUUGUGGAUGUUCUUCUUCGAGUAUAUAUAGAAGGGAGACAACAUUACUUUUCUGAUUUACUGAACACCCUAGACGCCGUCGUUAUUGGUGUGACUCUGCUCAUCGCCAUCGCCGUCAUGUUUUACGAGAAGAAGUUUCUUAGAGAUGUCCCAAUAUUGGGAAUUGUAUUUCGACCUCUGCGGCUUUUUAUUCUGAUACGAAUUUUGCAACUGGCUCAUCAAAAAAGAGACCUUGAAAAGUUGCUGAGGCGGCUGGUUUCAGGAAACAAAAGACGAUACAUGAAGGAUGGGUUUGACCUGGACCUCACUUAUGUUACUGAGCGUAUUAUUGCCAUGUCAUUUCCGUCAUCUGGAUGGCAGUCUUUCUAUCGAAAUCCAAUUAAGGAGGUUGUGCGGUUCCUUGACACCAAGCAUCCAGACCACUAUCAAGUCUACAAUCUCUGCAGCGAGAGAGCUUAUGACCCUAAGCACUUCCACUACAGGGUCCGCAGAAUCAUGAUUGAUGAUCACAAUGUCCCCUUGCUUGAGGAAAUGCUGUUGUUCUCGAAGGAAGUGAAUGAUUGGCUGGCUCAACAUCCUGAAAAUGUUGUGGCCAUUCACUGUAAGGGAGGAAAAGGAAGAACAGGAACCAUGGUGUGUGCCUGCCUCAUUGCCAGUGAAGUCGUUUUAAAGGCAAAG